AUGGCUACAAUUGAUUCCAACAACCCUGCCUUUGGGUUUGACCAGCCUGCUUUCGACUCACAGGCCUUUCUCAAUGGCCUUGGUCUCGAUUCCGACACGCCUUUUAAUGCUUCCAAUGGCUUCAACCAAUAUGAAAUGCCCCCUGAGCUCCUGAAAAGCUUCGACGAGUGCAUUGCCAGCCUUCCUCCCGAUGGCCUCGACCAGGAGUUUAGUUUUGACCAGCCCAUUUCAACCACACCUGUCAACUGCUCUGCCCAGUCAGUGACCCACAAUCUCCCCGUGCAUGCACCAUACAGCCAGGUAUCCUAUGAUACCUCAAUUGGGAUUCCAUACACCCCGGAGGAUGAUGAUGCCGACAAGGUCCGAAAGUGGGAGAAUCUCAUCGCUCACGCCAAUCUGGCCAAUGCUGGCAUGCCACCCUCUGCUCCCCAGCCCAUUCAAGAAGAGACUGUCGGAAGAAAACCCCAGUCUGUUGACUCGCCCAAUUCUCUGUUUGAAUCUCCUGGUUCCUCGUCUGCCGAGGCCUCCUCUGUUGAGAUCGUUGCGACUCCUAGUGCCACUCCGUCAACUCCCUCCCCUCCUCAGGCUCCUGCGGCUACAAUGCCACCUUCGAACACAGCAGCGAAUGUCACAGCCAACGCCAUUCCGCGCGCAAUCCCUCGCGCCGUGAAGCUUCCGCGAGCGUUGACCAACCCGAAGGGUUAUGCCCAACAUGUUUCCCCAUUCGCUCCGAUUGCGACAAUUAAUCCUCCUCCUGAUUCUGCCUCAAAUUCUCGGGAGCUAGAGAAUGCACGGUCCCGCAUUCAGAGCCUCGCAAAAGAACGCAAUUACUACCAACGCAGUUUGCGGAAGGCAACUGCCAUUGACCCUAAAACUGGCAAGACGAGCCUCCAGCUGCUUCAAGCUCAAAAUGCAAGCCUUCGCCGGGUCAACGCCAGCCAGCUGCAGGAGAAUGAGAGUCUAAAGCAACAAAUUGAAGAGGCUCGGAAGUCGUACGCCUCCCUAGUUGAAAAUUACAAUAGUAACAUCAAGCAGUUACACCGGGCACGACUUGAACUGCAACAGCGAGUGAAAUAG